ACGAUGCUAUUUCUUAGCUCGUUGGUUCUACCACAUUUGAAUGCUGGAUUCUUUGCAGGUAUUUUGAUUGACCAAAAUUUUGAAAGAGGCUUUUGCAAUUUAGGAGUUAGAAAUUACCACUUUCUAUACGAAUAUUUCCGUCAAAUCUUUUACUGAAGCGAUGUUUCGUCUUUCUUCGGUACAAGGGUCUUCAAAAUCAUUGAGUAGUGAAUCUAGAUUGCAAGCUAUUAAUGAUAGCUUAGUCGAAUACAAAACCGUACUGGAUGGUAUCGCUCAACAGAUCAUAAGACGGAAUCAACUGAUACAAACGUCUUAAAUGCUGCUUCUUCAAAACAGAAAGUACCUUUUCUCACCGGCUCCACUGGUGCAGUAGGCUCAUAUAUCCUAAAACCUCUUCUGACAUUGAGCAAUGUUUCACACAUUAUUGUCUCAACAGAACUGCCGGAAAAGAACCACAAAUAAAACGAGUUAAGCUCAUUGUCUACCUACCGAGUUCCCUCGAAUUGCCUCAAAUUUCUCCCCACUGAUCUCUCACAACAAUACCUAGGCCUUGAGCGCGAGAUAUCCACGAAGAUUAAAGAUCCUACAACACAUGUUAUCCACAAUGCCUGGCCUGUAAAGUUUAACAUUCCAUUAUCAACCUUUUAUACUAAUAUCAAAGGUGUAAUCAACUUGAUUGAUAUGGCAGCUACUGCUCCUCACGCCUCAUCACUAAUGUUCCUCUCAUCCCUAAGCUCCGUCGGCAAUUUCAAAGGAAAUGUAUCCCAAAUAAUCAUCGACGGCAUUACAUCCUCUCUUUCAAUGGGAUAUUCAGAAUCUAAAUUCAUCGCCGACGAUCUUCUUGCGUAGGCUGCGGAUGAAUUUCCUCAUGUACCUAUUAGCAUCGCUCGCAUUGGAUAAAUAGCAAGUCCCGUUCGUACAAACGAAAUGUGGAAUAAACUGGAGGAAUCCCCCAUAGUUGUGUUUAGUUCUAUUCAUCUGGGUGUUAUUCCCGAAUCACUUGAUUAAACAAAUGCCUGAUAUACUUGUGGAGCUUAACUUCAACUCCAGAGGAGAUCAAAAUCAACACAUUAACGGAGCAAAAGUAUAUCAUCCCGUCAACCCCGUUCUCGCUUUGUGGAACUCACUUCUACCUAGUAUCAUUGACAGCGCAACCCACGGACAAAAGAACAAACUAGUUCCUGUACCUUUCGUAAAAUAGAUUAGACAUAUUCGAAAGAACACCGAGGAUUUACAUUCCAAGAUUAAUCUCGAGGAAAUACUGGAAAAGAAACCAGGGAUGAAGUUGUUAUCCUUUAUGAAG